AUGGAUGAGGCUCCUGACAGCUCCGUGUCGACGCGGCGCAAAUUGCCAGACCACGCCAACAAUCUCUUUGUCAUCACGCGACGCUGUCUUUUCGCGCGUCGUCCCGACAAGAGUCAGCCGCUGCCCGUUCUCGUUCGGAGAGCACAUCCUUCCAUCCGAGGCUCAGUCGACACUGCCCCGCUGCCUGCACACCGCUUCAACCGCUUCGGCUCAGCCGAAAUGAAGGCUGCCUGCGCGGCGCACACCCUCGCCUCGUCCGCUUCCAGUGCGGGUCGCGGAUCGCCCUUGGACCACAAGGCCUUUGUUGGGCGCUGCGGCCAGCCGAGCAAUUGCGUGUAUAAGUACUGCCCAUCCAACUCGGCUCCACUUGUCUUCAUCCCCAACAUCUCGUCACCCAACAUGCAGGAGCUCGCAGCUCAUCCACACCCCGAAUCCUCGGCCGACAGCCCGGUUUGGAGGCUUGGCACCGGCAAGCUCGACGAGUGGCUCAAGGCGCACCUACCCAGCCACCUCAGCGCCUCGUCCGCUCCAAUCUUGGUCACCCGCGCCGACCCUGCUUUGCGAGUCGCAGAGAGCUUGACAGAUGUGCAGACCGCCGCCGACGAUACUUUCAUCAACGCCAAGCAGCUCAUGAACGAGGCCAUCGCCAACGUGGACCAGAUCCAGAAGGACGAUGCCAUCCCCGUCCGCAUCAAUUCGAGGAGCACCAAGUCCAGCAAGAAGCAGUGCAGGGACCAGGUGCAGAACCUCUUUCACGACCAGAUCAUGCUCAUGGCCACCGACCACCCGCUCUGGUCGCAAGGAAGAUGGACGCUCAUCCUCAACCCGCAGCACCUCGACGCCACCUGGACGCGUCUCGUCAAGAGCUUCGAGGCGGGUGAGCUGCAAGCCCAACCUUUGGUGAUUGCCCUGCGUGCUCGCCAUUUGCCCCCAUCCGAGUCCCUCGGCGAGCACAGCCAUGGCGGACAGAAGCGCAAGAAGGCCGCCUCAUCGCGCUCCAGCAACUCGCGCGCCACUUCCUCCUCGUCGUCCUCUCGCACCGACAAUGAGCGAUCCGUCGCCAUCGACGUCUUCUUCCGCGCAGUCUGGAGCUCCGAAGUGGCUCGUAAUGUGCUCCAGUCCGUCGCCGAGGCUUGCGGCAGGAUGCCUAUCUUUUGCAGGGCAAGCCUGUACAGCCUCCUCGGCAUCAGGAGCGGCCAUCCUCUCGGCAAUCGCUCCACGCUGUACAAUUCCAAAGCGUUCGCAUCGCCAGCCGAGUUCAAUCUCUGGACCUCCAAGCAUGAGCGAAGUGAAGGUGAUGCCAGCACCGCAGGUAUGUCGGCAGCUGCAGUCCCUUCUGCAGCGGGUGACAAUGCCAGCGUCGCAGAGGCACCCGCCCAUGUGCCCUCGGAACCAUCCGCGCACCUGCCUUCGGAGGCCUCAAUCGCAGAGACAGCCGCCACCGACCGGGAGAUCCACGCCGAGGCCGCAGCCGAGGAACGCCCGCCCAAAAAGGUGCGCAUCGACUCUCAGCCGACUCAAGUGCCAAAGGCUGUCGAAGAGCCCACUGCCACGGCAGUUGAGCAAGCUCAGCACGCUACUCAGGAGACUGCCUCGACGCAAGACGAGCUCAUGCUGCCUGUCCGACCCGCUACCGCUCCUGUCACUCACAAAGCGGUCGAGCCCAGUGCGGAUCAGAACGAAAAGCACGAUCUCGACACUGCCCGCAAGAAAGAGCCAGAGCCAGCCGCUGCCCAUAAGCACAAGCCCGAUCCCAUUGUCACAGAGCAAGAGCUCGGCGCUGCUGAGCAGAAAGGCCCUCAUUCCGGCAUUGCCGCCGAUGGCAAGCCUUCCGACGAUGCCGCAAAGGAGGUGCCCGAGCUGGGUGUCGAUCAACACGCCAAGCAAGAGCCAAGCGCGGAAGCAGUCAGGCCAGGCACGGUCUCCGAUCAGGAAAUCGGGUCCACAACGCAGGACGAGCCCAAGACCCAGGAAGAGUCACAGACUCAGGACGAGUCGAUGACGCAGAUCGUGCCGAUCAUUGCUCGCGGCCAGGACUCGGCAGGUGCGGAGGCUCAGCCCGAAAACCCGCUCCAGCGCGACAGCGUUACCGUCGCCCGGAGCAGUGCCGCUGUCGAGGCUGCUGCUGCUGCUGCAGAGAGCAAGCCGGCCGAAUCACCCAAAGAGCCGCCUUCUCCACAGCAGAAGACAGAAGCCAAAGCAUCCACGGCGGAGCAGCAUCCAGCUGAUAGUGCAGCUGCCUCAGUGAAGCCGGAGAAAGACGUCCAGGCGUCCGAGGCGGUGCAGCCCUCGGCUGGUAGCGCGACUGCAUCAACACAGCAGCAGAAAGAUGUCGAGCCGUCCAAGGCCGAGCAGCAUCCAGCUGAGAGUGCAGUUGCUUUGACAGAGCAGCUCUCGCCAGCGUCAGUGACCAAGGCUUCAGACGGCAGCAUGAUGGUGGUUGACGUCGAAUCUCGCAGGGAAAUCAAGGAAACUUUGACUGCUACCUUGGAACUGCCGAUGGUGGCAUCGGUCGAUCAGAAGGCCGUGCCAGCUGCCAAGCACGAGGACGCUUCGGACACGAGCACGAUCGAGGUCGAAAAGGGUUCUGACGCCGCCGCCGCCGCCGCCGCCUCGGUCGGAGAGGAAGCGACGGCCCCGAAGCAGGUCAGUGAGGGCGAAGCAAACCCGGACACCGCUGCCGCUCAGAAAGCCACUGCCACCGACGCUGCCAAGAGCGACGAUGCGCCUGCAAAGGCAGACGAGAGCAAGGUAGCCGGCGCCGAGAUGGCCCUGGAGGAUCUCAUUGUCGAGGCAGCCGUGGCAGUCGAGCUAGCACCUCCGGCCGCCGAGGCUGGUGCCGACCAGCGCGACGACGGUCCGGCUCCUGCUUGA